AUGCAGUCUUCCAAGAUGGUGAGCCGCCGUCGCGCGGUCCGCAGCGCUCCUCGCUCUCCGUUGUCUUCUCCUCUGUCUCGAGGAUCUCUCUCUCCAAACCGUUCUGCGGGAGGUAGGACUCUUCGCGAAGUCGGCGCAAGUGCAGGUGCAGCAGCAGACAGCGACGGUGAGACCGAGGACGGAGACAGCGACGGCAGCAGCGAGAAGCAAGUUUUCUCGUCUCCGCUGUCUUGCCGCAAACGCCAGUCGGAGUCGAGUUUCGUCUUCUGUGCGCCUUCUUCUCCUAGGAAAGACGCUGCACCCCCUCAGCUCUUUCAAACGCCCACGUGUAGAAGCAGGGCCUCCACACCGCCGCACCCGCCUGACCUCGGCGCUGCGCUCCCAGCAAGCGUCAAGACGCCCUCGAAGAGCCAGACAAAGUCUGCCGCUGGGGCAUCUUUUGUCGCGCUCUCUUCUCCCCGACUCGCGCCUCUGUACGGGACCGCUGCACAGUCCCCCGCACUCGGCCUAGGGCGCCCCGGCGCGCCCGGCGUCCUGGAGGAGACGCCUGUGCUGAGGCGCGAGCGACAGGUAGGGAUCGAACAGCGGACGAGCUCGGUCUCCUCGUUUCUCGCGCAGGUGGAGGACCUCCUUCUCAGAACUGCCGCGCCGUCGUCUUCCUCGCCGUGGUGGUGGCAGGUCGACGUCGCGCAGAUGCUGUCGUUCUUCCUCUCGCUGUCCGAGAGCGGCGCCAUUCAACUUGGGGACGCUGGCCCUCGCGUGCAUGCAGAGGCUGCCUCCAGCGCGUCGCCCCCGGCUUCCCAGGAAGCCUGUUCGCAGCUGCUGGGUGUGCGAGAGGAAGGCUGGAGGGACGGAGGCGAUCACCUGUCUCUGCAGGGCGGAGACUCGCAGGAACUCCUCCUCGCGGAGAGCCGGGAGACAGUCUCUUCGCCUUCGUCUCCUAUCGUCACACCUCGACGAUUCGUCGCUGCUGCAGUCGCGGCCGUCGACGGGGCUUGUCUGCCCGCCUUCUCCCCGUUGACACACCGCCCAGCCGAGAGAGAAGCAGUCGAGAGAGACGAGGCUUCUGGCCAUGGUGCGGAGACGUACCGCAUGGAGUUUUCUGAGGCGGCGCUGCUGCUGGAGCGUCUGGCGAAAGUGUGGGGGAGGAAAAUCGAGCAUCUGCAUGCGCUCGUUCUCCACAUGCUUCAGUCGAUGCAUGCAGUCGGGGACGGGAAGGCGCGCGGCUCACACAAGUCGGGUGUCUCGCCACCCCAGAACCUGCGGUUCGCGAGGCACUCGGUUCUGCAGGAAGUCGUGGGGAGCGCGUUUCUUUUUCUGCCGACUUUCCCUCGAGAGAGCGAAGCGCGAGACGGCGAGUUGGAGGAAGUCGCAGACAACAAAAGGAGCCGACCACCCGACCUCGUGCGCCUCCCUCCUGUCCUGCGCCGCAGAGGCUCCCGGCUCGGCGAAGGCCCGCAGCGGCGAGUCGAGGAGGAGGAGGCAGACGCCCGACCAGACGCCGGAAGUGACGCGACCCCCGGCGAAGACCGAGAGAGAAUUGCGGAACUCGAGGAAGCAGCCUUGACGCACAAAUACCGAGAAUUCAAACACUUCCGGCUGACGUCGUUUCUGCUUCACGAGGCCUCUGGAGGCUUGAUGGUAGACACUCGCGACGCGCCUCUCUACCAAUCUCUUCUUCGUCCAGAGAAAAGACGAAAAAUCUUUCUUCCCUCUCCUCUCCCUUCAUCGUCUUCCUCUUCUUCAUCUUCUUCUUCUUCUUCGUCUUCCUCUUCUUCUUCCUCUUCGUCUUCCUCUUCUUCAUCUUCGUCUUCCUCUUCUUCAUCUUCGUCUUCCUCUUCGUCUUCCUCUUCUUCUCUGUCUGGCGUGAGUGAGUUGCAUGCAGAUGGAGGGCGGUUGCCUAGCGAGGGUCUCGGCGCGUUUCUCGAGUUCGACGACGACGGUCUGUGCUUCGACGUUUUCGAAGACGAUCCUGCCUUUGUCGUCUCCUCAAGUGUUCAUACAUCCGAGGCGUCUUCUGAGGCGGUUGCCCCGGGAGAUUUCAUGCGAGCGUCCGAGAGCAGCGACUUCGGGGCAGUGUUCGAGUCCUCGAUUUUCGACGACGCUUCCCCGGGGGACUUUGCGCGCUCGCUGUUCUGGGAAGAAGACAGAGAGAAGCAGAGACGUCGACAAGAAAGGGGAGUUCAUUUGGGGGUCUCCUCGCUAGCCGAAACGCGUUCGGCCUCUCGCCCGUCGCGAGAGGAUUUGUCUCCCGUCGACCGCAUUUUGGAGGCCAGGCGAAGACAAGAAGAAGCGGGGAUCGGUGGCGCAGCGGCGCUGCGGCGCCUCCUCCACGCCACGGGACCUGGAGACUGGAGUGUAUGUACAGCUCCGAGGCAGGCGAAGCGGCGCCGGGUGGAGAGAGAACAGUUUGGCGACUCGCGCGGGGGAGAGGCGGUGCACAAGGAAGGCGAGAAGCACGAGAGAGAAGGUCUCUCCUGUGGCUUAUGUGGCGAGGAAGCCGGUGAGGUGGAGACGACGAGGAGGGACCAGAGUUUGAGUCGCGAGAAGCAGAGUCGUCGGCAGCAGCUGAUGUCUCUGCGAGAAGAAGGAGACCAUACUGAGAGGCGCCCCGUCCGCUUCGGCUCCUGCGUCAGGCUGCCUCCCGAGUUCUACUUUUCCUUGCCGUCGGCGGCCUUGGCUUCUGCGUCGGAGACAGCGACUUUCGCCUUCCAUAGGCUGCAUACGCGACAAGGCAUGAACAGUCUGCUGCGAGGACUCUGGAGCGCGGGGGAACUCGCAGCCGCAGAGGCGGUUGUGGCCGACGAAGAGAACGCGCGGAGAAGUCCCGCCUGGAGAAACAGCCUACACAAGACCCGCUACAAAAAGGAACACCGCCUGCCGUUCUAUCCGGAUAUUCAGCUGCCCUGCUCUCCCUUCACAAUUAGGCUGUCUAGACACCGCAUCGCGGGGGUUUCGUCCCUUUUCGAGCUCCGUGUCUCUGCCGAGAAAAGAAAAGGAAGAGAAAACGACACUCUUUCAGAAAGGGCAGAGGAAGGAGAGGCAGGAAGAGCAGAAGGGAAGCGCGAUGGCGAGGAACGUCGUGCCAAGGAAGAUCGACUUGGCCAGCGUAAUCCCAGGAAAGUAUCUUUCGAGUCUGUCUCUGCAUGCUCUGCCAUUGGAGCCAUCCUUGAAACGCCUCGAUGGAAAUGGAUGGAAGAUGUUGUCUACGCGAGGCUCCGGAGACGGGCAGUCCUCAGAAGGAGACUCAGACAACAACACCGACACCGGACCCGAGAAGAGGAGAAAAGGCGUCUGCCUUCGGCGUUGUCUCCCGCUGCCGAAGUCGACGCUGUGGCGGCUCUUGCAGAGGCAGCCGAGGAGCGGCUUUUGCAGCCUCUGGAAGCUGCGACAUGGCGCGACCUGGAUGAGGCAGAUGUCGGCGACAUCUUCGACGACCGCGCAGACUUGGUCAGAGAUCAGAGAGAAAACGGGAUCACAGAAAUGGUCAACGAAGAUCAACGGGGCGUCUCCCUCCUCAGCGCUGUCGAGAAGGAGCAGCUGCAACAGCAGCUGCAAGCAGCCGUCAGUUUGCCUCUCGUCCCCGCCACGGAAGCCGCUGAGGAUCACGUGGAAGGUUUUUCCGUCGAGGCGGUCCAGAUGAAGCGGUCUGACCAGGAACUGCUGCAGAGAGUCGCUCGCUGGACGGUGUUUCUGGAAGGAGAGCUCCGCCGCAGCUCCUCCCUGCCGCCCUUUGACAUUUGUGCCUACGAGGAGAAACUUCUGCAGCGCGUAGACGGUCUUGCAAAAAACGCUCCGGUCCUCCCUGCUUUGUGCGGGCCUGAGGCUGCGUGCUCGCAGGGUGAGGAACGUCCGGAGGCGAGCUGUUCUGCCUCUCCAGAUGGAAAGGAGAAUGCGACGACACUCUGCCUCUUGCAGAGCAACGGAGGUUCAAGAACGCAUGCUUCAGAGUCUCCAUAUCCCGCCUUCAGUGACGUUGCGCGGGGCCGCGAAAAGUACGAAGUUUGCCGCCUGUUCCUCGUGGCACUCAUGUUGACCAACAAAGGAAAACUCGACAUUCGCCAAGAGGGUGUCACCGACGAAAAUGCAGAACAAGUGGAGGAAGAAGAAGCGUCGUGGGAGCUCUUCCUUCAGGGGAAGCUAGGCAGCAAUGGUCACGGCUCUUCGAGUAGAACACGAGAUUUCUCAGUGACUCUACUGACAAACUCAAGGGAGACUUGAUGGACGCGCCGCCUCGCGUGGGAGGUGCAGUCGACAAGCACGCUCGGACGAAGGAAGUCGCGGCGUUUCGUGUCCCGUUGUGCUUGUCUUCAAGGAAAUUCAGUUUGAGAUGACUGGUUUUUUCAAGUGUUCUUGAGAAAUUGCAAGUGGGUGGAUUGCCAGGGUUGCUUGUCUUGUAAACGUUUUUGAA